AUGGCGCCGAAGAAGACAACAGCAACAGCCACCCCCGCUGCCAAGACAAGACCCGCCCGGGCGGCAGCUGCACCUGCAGCAACAGCCACAGCUUCCGCUAGCAAGCCAAACACAAAGAAGCGUGCAGCCGCCGCCGCCGUGGAAGAGGUUCCCUCCAAGAAAGCGACUCGAUCCAAAAAGCCAAACGCUGCUGCUGCUGCUGUUCCGGAAGAGCAGGACGCAACGGACGUCAACGAACGCGAGAUUAUCGCUUCGCUCUCGGACGUCUCUGCCGACUCCUCCGACUCUUCCGACAUCGAAGUCGACGAGGCCAACUCAUCCGAUGAAGACGACGAAGACGACCGUCUCGCCCAGACCACCCAACCACGAUCCUCGCUCGCCUCCGUCAAGCUGCCCAACUCCAAAGACGAUGUCGUCGUCAAAGCGCGUCUCGACAAGCUCCGAAAAUCCAAACCUACCGCUUCCUCCACCACUCCCGGUGUACUCUACAUCGGUCGUCUUCCCAAGGGAUUCUUUGAAAAACAACUCAAGUCCUACUUCUCCCAAUUCGGCGAUGUAACUCGUCUUCGUGUUUCGCGAAACAAAAAAACAGGUGCGAGCAAACACUACGCCUUUGUCGAGUUCGCCGACAGGGAUGUGGCAAAGAUCGUAGAGGAGACGAUGCACAACUACCUGAUCGAUGGGAGGUUGUUGCAGGUGAAAGAGGUGAGCAAGGAUAAAGUGCACCCGGAGUUGUGGGUGGGAGCCAAUCAGAAGUUCAACCGGGUCCCGGGCGAUAGGAUCGAGAGGGUGGUGAGGGGGAGGGAGAAGUCGGAGCAGCAGCAGAGGACCUCGAACCAGAGGUUGAUGGAUAGGCAGCAGAGGAGGAGGGAGAAGCUGGAGAAGUUGGGCAUCGAGUACGACUUCGAAGGGUAUACGCAGGAGGGGGAGGGUGAGGGGGAGGCGAAGAAGGAGAGCAAGGCGAAGGCGACACCGGUCAAGAAGACGACCAAGGCGAAGACGGCGAAGGCUUGA